AUGUUUCCGAACACGCACUAUGACGAUUUCCAGGUGGAGGUGGCCGUUCUGGUGGCUGUUUCUGUUUUCGUGGCUUUGGUUUUCAUCUUCUUACUGAAUCUGCUGAUAGCGCAGCUUAACCAGGCGUACCACAACAUGUUUGAAGACAUUUAUGGCAACGCGCGCCUCACACGGGCAGCUGUGAUCGUGCAGGUUAUGGGCCAGGUCCCGCGAAGUCGCUGGCAAGCCUUCCUUCGUCGAUUAGCGUUUGAUCAGCCGCUGGAGUUCAACGAAGGCGAUGUUGGAAUAGCUGGAGGCAUACAAAUCCUGGAGCCUGCGAGUGCCAAAAUCGUCACCUCGGACAGCAUCAGGCGCUUCGGUGGUUCCACGGCACCAACGAUGCCCUGGCCUAGCGAGGAGACCGCCAACCUCACCGACGAAGAUCGCUUUGAUCGCCUGGAAAAGAUGAUCGCAAAAGCGACCACAGCCAGGCACAAAGAGCACCGGCGAGGGGGCAACGGCACAGCUGGCUCCAAGGCUGGCAGUCACAUCGGCUCCUCGAUAGGCAGCUCCAACAGUGCUGAUGAGUGUCCACGUGUUCUUCUGCAUGUGGCAAGCUUCCUCAAUGCUGCAGAUGAAGGGGCAGAGGCGGAUUCUGGUACCGUCACAGUGGAGGAGGAAGCCAAAGAGGUACUGGACCAGGCCCACGCUGCGGAAACCUUGGCAAGACGCGCCGUUCGUUAUGCAUGGGGUGCUGUCUUCAUCUGCGGCAUCGGCGUUUGCAUCGACAUCUGCGGAGCUUCUUUAGACUACCAGGCGACUACACGCGCCAAGGAAGAUCUUGACGAGGAGGAGGCCAAUCUGGAGGCUUUGUUUAUCUGCAUCCUCUUCUAUUGCUUGGUAGGCCUGGUUGUGAUAGUGCACAAGGGAUCCAUGAGUCAGAUCUGCCGGUCAGUGAGAAAGUCGCCCGUCAACUCAGCGCUGCUGGACUAUGAGGUCAGCGGUGAUGGCUACUGGCUGGCCACGCUGGCUGCACCAGACAGAGGCUUAGCUGAGCUUCCUCCGCUGGAGCAUGGGCCCAAAGUGGUAGCUUGUCCUGAGCAAGUCACUUCAAGCCUGCCAGUGUGCCCGUGCACCUCAGAUCUGGAGCCCAACCAGCUGUCACAGCUGGACAGCGCGGCUCCGUGGGUGCUGAGCCCAAGUGCGGCUGCUCAGACGGAGGAAGCAGAGGGUCAGCGUGCAGCUGCCACCAGCAGCAACGGCGGCAGGAGGCCUCUGUCCCCGGAAGAACGUCUGACACAAUCCGUGAUGACAAGCUCCUAUCCCAAGCUCGAAGGUCUCCAACCUGAGCCAGUUCCGCCGCUGACAACCAGUGUGCCAUCAGGUGUGCCACAGGCGUCAUAUCAGACCCUGUUUGCGCGACCAAGCCCCAGGCCGUACAGCUAUGCAGCGGCGCCGCCGCCCAGUGGUCAGCCAGCGCAAACAACGUACCUUCAAAGUGCGGGUACCACGAGCUACCGGCUAACUUCCAGUGCGCAGAACAGCCACCGAGAGAACACAAGUUCGACCCAAGGGGGGUUCCAGCUGGAGCGCUCCGGCCGCUACUCAGUGCCUCCUGUCUCGAGCCCAACUAGGCAUCCGGGCGUUCCAAGCGAGCCGAUCGGGCACCCUUUGCCUUUGCAACCGGCCGUCAUCCAACCAAGCCUGGUGUCCACCGAUGCUGUGCAAUCCAGAGCAGUUCCGGACUUGCGACUCCGGUCUGAGCCCUAUCGUCCUGCUGUGAUGGCAACAGGGACGAUCGAUGUUAAAGCAGGGAUGGCCCCGCUCAAGUUGCCUGGUGUUGUCCAGAACAAGCUGGCAGCAUCGACACACGCAUCUGCACUGCGCGGGGCAGAGUUUCCCAGUGUGGAGCAACUAGAAAAGCCGUUGGUGGAGGCCCAUUCUGCUGCAAUGGAGUCACUGCAGCACAAUACCCUCGGCACACAUGGCCUACCUCAGGCGGCGCACUCACCUGAUACAAAGUCACUGUCUGGUUAUGCACCGUCCAACGGGGGCUCCUCCACAGCCAGAUCACGCGGUAGCCCUAGAAAAGGCCACCAGCUGCCACGUGCCGACGAAGGCGGCUCCCACUCAACUGGACUCUCGAAGCGGCUUUCCACUGGUGCCAACGAUGUGGUCAACGCAAGGGAGCGCUACCGGGACAGCCUCAAGGCUGGAGGCUUUUUCAGCUGCUUUUCCGGUUUGUUCCAGAGAAAGCCGGAGAAGAUUGAGCCAGUGGACGUCAUCCUCGUGGGAGGCGGCAUCAUGAGCGCCACCACGGGAUUGCUCCUGAAGCAGCUGGAGCCGAGCUGGCGGAUCGUGAUGAUCGAGCGACUCGAUGCCGUCGCACAGGAAAGCUCAAACGCUUGGAACAAUGCCGGGACUGGCCACUCUGCCCUCUGCGAGCCAAACUAUACUCCGCAGGUUGGCAAAAGUGUGGAUAUUCACAAGGCGGUCACAGUCAAUGAGAACUUUCAGCUCAGCCGGCAGUACUGGGCCUAUUUGGCCAAGGCAGGCCUGCUGCCGCAGCCGGAACGAUUCAUCCACUCGACUCCGCACAUGACGUUUGCGAGGGGCCAGGAUCAGAUUGCUUGGCUGAAGAAGCGCUUCGAUGCGCUGAAGAACCACCCUCUUUUUGAAGGUAUGGAGUAUUCGGAAGACAAGCAGAAAAUGGACGAGUGGGCGCCUCUCAUGAUGGCGGGCAGGAGCGCGAAAGAUAGGUGUGCCUUUUCCCGCGUGCCCCAUGGCACGGACGUGGACUUCGGUGAGCUCACGAAGGAGCUCACACAGGCUUUUCUGGCCCUUGGUGGAGAGGUUCAGCUGAGAACGACCGUGUCAGAUCUCCACAAGGAUGAGACGGCGCUCUAUGACGAGUCCUGGAUAGUCAGCACCAGGAAGACCAACAGCCUCCACAACGGGUCGAAGCGGUAUCGCGCACGAUUCGUGUUUGUAGGUGCUGGUGGAUAUUCCCUGCCCCUGCUGCAGAGAUCUGGCAUCCCAGAGAUCCGAGGGUUCAUGGGAUUUCCGAUCAGUGGCGAGUUCCUCGUAUGCGAAAAUCCUGAGGUGGCCAGAAAGCACGUGAGCAAAGUCUACGGCAAGGCUGCCAUUGGCGCACCCCCGAUGUCGGUGCCGCACCUCGACGCUCGGCGAAUUGCCGGGCAGCAGGUGCUUCUCUUUGGGCCCUUCGCUGGCUUCAGUCCAAGGUUUUUGAAGUCUGGCUCGCUGACGGACCUCUUCAGAUCAAUCCGGUUUAGCAACAUCGUCCCAGCUGCUGCUGCGGGUCUGCGGAACAUGGACCUUUCGCUCUAUUUGAUCCGCCAGCUAUUGACAACAAAGUCACAGAAGCUGGCGGAGCUCAGAGAGUUUAUUCCAGAUGCAAAGGCAGAGGACUGGGCCUUGGUGACUGCUGGACAGCGCGUCCAGAUUAUCAAGGGAGAUCCAGAAAAAACAGGCAUCCUGCAGUUUGGCACCGAGGUGGUCGCAGCAGCUGAUGGCACUCUGGCAGGCCUCUUGGGGGCCUCACCGGGGGCGUCAACUGCUGUACAGGCAGUGGCGGUAGGGCUGCGCAGCCAAGUUGAAAGCUCCAAAUCUUGA